GAGCGAGACAAGGGGAGACCCACUGAGGAGGUGGAGACGAGCACAAAGCCAUUUUUUCCUUGGAGGAGCCUGUGUGCUGUUGAUGGGAAGAGGAUGCAUUGUGGGCUGCUGGAGGAGCCAGACAUGGAUUCCACAGAGAGCUGGAUUGAGAGGUGCCUUAAUGAAAGCGAGAGUAAACGGUACUCCAGUCACACAUCCCUUGGGAACAUGUCCAACGAUGAAAAUGAGGAGAAGGAAAACAACCGAGCAUCUAAACCACAUUCAACACCGGCGACUCUUCAGUGGUUAGAGGAGAACUACGAGAUAGCGGAGGGCGUGUGUAUUCCUCGGAGUGCUCUGUACAUGCACUACCUGGACUUCUGUGAGAAACACGACACUCAGCCUGUCAAUGCCGCUAGCUUCGGAAAGAUUAUUAGGCAGCAGUUCCCCCAGCUGACAACUAGAAGGCUAGGCACCAGGGGCCAGUCCAAGUACCACUACUAUGGCAUUGCGGUGAAGGAGAGUUCCCAGUACUACGAUGUCAUGUACUCCAAGAAGGGGGCAGCGUGGGUGAACGAGACGGGCAAGAAGGAGGUGACCAAGCAGACCGUGGCGUAUUCACCCCGCUCCAAGCUGGGAACGCUCCUGCCAGAGUUCCCAAAUGUCAAAGAUCUAAAUCUGCCCGCCAGUCUGCCAGAGGAGAAGGUGUCCACAUUCAUCAUGAUGUACAGGACUCACUGCCAGAGGAUACUAGAUACAGUAAUAAGAGCCAACUUUGAUGAGGUUCAGAGCUUCCUGUUGCACUUCUGGCAAGGCAUGCCCCCACACAUGCUGCCUGUCCUCGGCUCCUCCACCGUGGUCAACAUCGUGGGUGUGUGUGACUCCAUCCUCUACAAGGCCAUCUCCGGGGUCCUAAUGCCCACCGUGUUACAGGCUCUGCCUGACAGCUUGACCCAGGUAAUCAGGAAGUUUGCUAAACAGCUGGACGAAUGGCUGAAGGUAGCCCUUCACGACCUGCCAGAAAACUUGAGGAAUAUCAAGUUUGAAUUGUCUCGGAGAUUCUCCCAGAUUCUGAAACGACAAACAUCUUUAAACCAUCUAUGUCAGGCGUCCAGGACGGUGAUCCACAGUUCCGACAUCACCUUCCAGAUGCUGGAGGACUGGAGGAACGUGGACCUGAACAGCAUCACCAAGCAGACCCUGUAUACCAUGGAGGACUCCAGGGAGGAGCACCGGAGCCUCAUCAUAGACUUGUUCCAGGAGUUUGACCGUCUAUUAGAAGAGCAGUCUCCCAUUGAGGCCUACAUUGAGUGGCUGGACACCAUGGUGGACCGCUGUGUGGUCAAGGUGGCGGGGAAGAGACCAGGGUGUCUGAAGAGAGGGGCCCAGCAGUUCCUGCUCAUGUGGUCGUGCUUUGGGACUCGAGUCAUCCGAGACAUGACCCUGCACAGCGCACCCAGCUUCGGCUCCUUUCACCUGAUCCACCUGAUGUUUGAUGACUAUGUGCUGUACCUGUUGGAGUCUCUGCACUGCCAGGAGAGGGCCAACGAUCUCCUGAGGGCCAUGAAGGCAGAGGGCAGCACAGCUGAGAGAGAAGAGGAACUGAUGCUAACGGAGACCACGCCAACCUCCGCCUCCCCAGGCCCCUUCUCCCCAGCCAAGUCCGUCCCCUCGGUGGGGGUCCCCUCCGCCAGCUCCCCCAACGCAGCCCAAUCUCCAGAGUACCCAGGGGCAACAUCCAGCACAGGCGCAGUUCAGUCAUAUACCUGGUCCCUUACGUACACAGUGACAACGUCCGGUGGAGCCCCCCCCGAGGGCGGACAGCAGCUGCCCUGUAUGCGCGGUGGAGCCUCUGUGCCCCCCCCCUCCUCUGCCCUCCGCAUGCCAGUCUACGCACACAGGGAUGAGCACGGGUACACGGGCAGCUACAACUACGGCAGCUACACCAACCAGCACCCCCACUCCAUCCAGAGCCAGUACCCCAGUCUGGCCCACGAACCUGGCCUCCCCGCCCCCCUCCACUACCCUUCCUACCAUCGCACGUCUGCACAGUACCCCCUUAACAGCCAGAUGUCUCGAAUGGAGCCAUGCUUGAUGGGUGGUGCUCCCCGGCUCCACCCUGCUGCUGUGGCUCCUCGCUGGCCGGAGGUCUCUCCCGCAGGCAGCUGCUACGCUAGCCCCCCUAUGCACUCCACGCGCUACGCCUCCCCAGGAGACAUGUACUCUCCCCUGGCCCCGCGCAGGAACUCUGAGUACGAACACUCACAACACUUCCCCGGCUUUGCCUACAUCAAUGGCGAGGCCACUACCGGGUGGGCUAAAUAGCCCCUCCCCCC